GAUACGUGUCUAUGAAUUGUUUGUGGUAACAUGGCGGUGUCGUCUUCUGGCAGUUAUAUAAAAUCGUCAAUAUCGAAUUCGUCAGGAUGGAAAAGUUUAAUAACAUUUACAGUUUUGUUAUUAGCAUGGAUUUCAGGAUUCUCUUCUCGUUUGUUUGCUGUAAUACGAUUCGAAAGCAUCAUUCAUGAAUUCGAUCCUUGGUUUAACUAUCGUUCCACGGCUUACAUGGUGAAGAAUGGUAUUUAUAAUUUCCUGAACUGGUUUGAUGAAAGGGCCUGGUACCCACUGGGCCGCAUUGUGGGGGGCACUGUGUAUCCAGGCCUGAUGCUCACAUCUGGAAGCAUACACUAUGUGUUGCACACCUUCAACAUUCCGGUGCACAUCAGAGACAUCUGUGUGUUUCUGGCUCCAACAUUCAGUGGGUUGACCGCCAUCUCUACGUACCUGCUGACAAAGGAGCUCUGGUCACCAGGAGCAGGCCUGUUUGCUGCGUGCUUCAUUGCCAUUGUACCAGGCUAUAUCAGUCGUUCAGUGGCAGGUAGCUAUGACAACGAGGGCAUUGCCAUCUUUGCUCUGCAGUUCACAUACUAUCUUUGGGUGAAAGCAGUAAAGACGGGGUCAAUUUUCUGGUCCUGCUUGACAGCGCUGUCAUACUUCUACAUGGUGUCAGCGUGGGGAGGCUACGUGUUCAUCAUCAAUCUGAUUCCACUACAUGUCUUCACAUUGCUGGUGAUGGGGCGCUAUUCAAAUCGCUUGUUCACCAGUUAUUCUACGUUCUACAUACUGGGGCUUCUGCUUAGUAUGCAGGUCCCAUUUGUAGGCUUCCAGCCCAUCCGAACUAGCGAGCACAUGGCAGCUUCUGGUGUGUUUGCGCUGUUGAUUGCAGUGGCGUUCUUGAAGUACCUGCAGUCAUUGCUCUCAAGUGCAGAGUUCAAAUACUUCUUUGUGGUGGCAGCCCUGCUCACCCCGGUGUUCGUCUUUCUUACUGUUGUGGGCCUCACAUAUGCCGGUGUGAUUGCCCCUUGGAGUGGCAGGUUCUACUCUCUGUGGGACACAGGCUAUGCCAAAAUUCACAUCCCCAUCAUCGCAUCUGUGUCCGAGCACCAGCCCACCACUUGGUUCUCCUUCUUCUUUGACCUUCACGUUCUAGUCACUACGUUCCCCGUGGGUCUGUGGUAUUGUAUCAAGAGCAUCACUGAUGAGCGUGUGUUUGUGGUCCUGUAUGCGCUCAGUGCCGUGUACUUUGCGGGUGUGAUGGUGCGUCUCAUGUUGACACUGACGCCUGUCGUGUGUGUGCUGAGUGGGGUGGCAUUUUCACGCUUGUUGGAGCUGUACUUGAAAGAGGAAGAGAGCCCUCAAGUGACUGAGAGUGGCAGCGAGGACGAGGGUAGCGGGGAGGGAAACAGUCGCAACAUGUAUGACAAGGCUGGGAAAUUGCGCAAGAUGAAACAUGAGCAGCAGAAGGAGUCGGAUGGCCUGGGUGUGAACAUCCGCAGUAUUGUGAUUGUGGCUGUUCUGAUGUUGCUGAUGAUGUUUGCAGUUCAUUGCACAUGGGUCACUAGCAAUGCGUAUUCCAGCCCAAGUAUUGUCCUGGCCUCUUACAGCCAUGAUGGGUCACGGCAGAUCUUGGAUGAUUUCCGGGAAGCAUACUACUGGCUGUCUCAGAAUACAGACAAUGAUGCACGUGUCAUGAGCUGGUGGGACUAUGGGUACCAGAUUGCGGGCAUGGCCAACCGCACAACACUUGUAGAUAACAACACGUGGAAUAAUAGCCACAUUGCUCUGGUGGGCAAAGCGAUGUCCUCCAAUGAGAGUGAAGCAUAUAAAAUAAUGGUGUCUCUGGAUGUGGACUAUGUCCUGGUGAUAUUUGGUGGGGUGAUUGGUUACUCUGGAGAUGACAUCAACAAGUUCUUGUGGAUGGUGCGGAUAGCAGAAGGGGAGCACCCGCAGGACAUUCGGGAGAGUGACUACUUCACAGACAGGGGCGAGUUCCGGGUGGAUGCUGAGGGAACACCUACACUGCUCAACAGUCUGAUGUACAAACUGAGCUACUAUAAGUUUGGUGAAUUCAAGCUGGACUACCGGAGUCCUGCAGGGUUUGACCGCACCCGUAAUGUGAUAAUUGGAAACAAAAACUUUGAGUUGACAUACCUGGAGGAGGCCUACACCACAGAACACUGGCUUGUCCGGGUAUAUAAAGUCAAGAAGCCAGAUGAGUUCAACCGUCCACGAAUACCGGUGUCAGAACGUAAAAUAAAACGCAGCAAGAUCUUUGUAUCAAAGAAGACCAAUAAACGUAAGAAGGGAACAAUCAAGAACAAGCCAGUGGUUGUGAAAGGCAAGAAGCUGAGCUGAAGACAUCAGGUGUUGCCUUCACGGUGUGCCUAGAACAGGAGAACAGGAUGAAGGAUGAGAUGAUGCGUGUGACUGGCCCCUGUGGGAAUGUAGCAUGUGUUGCAUUUGAAUAUAUUUGUGCGUGUACAGCGGUCUUUAUUUUUUAGAACUGUAACGUAUUUUGUAAAAAAAAUAGGCUCUAUUUAACUUCUUGGUGUCUUAUUUGUGUAGAAGGUUAAUUGUUUUGUUUUUGGGUGCAAUUUGUUACAAGGACUCCAUCUGAUGUGCACUGUUGUUAUUUUAAUGUCUUGUUGAACUUUGCAAUACAUGCCACAUACAGCACUACCCUUUUCACAUCAAGAGUUGGAUUAGAAAAAUCCAUUUAUUGACAUCUGUAGUGUGUUUUCCUAAUCUUUUUGCACCAUUGAUACGGAACCUAACAGUAUCUCAUCUCCACAUUCACAAGAGCUGGCUCAAUCUACUUCAUGCCUUGAAAUCCUGUUAUUUCUCUGAUGUACAAAGAAUCCUGUCUGCACUUAUAGGUAGAAUUUCAGGCAUUUCAAAACAGAUACUUUGGACAAGUAAAGAAAUUCAGUAUUUUUCUGAAAUAAACUUGUGAAAGGAA